AUGAAUAGGGACAGCUCGGCAUGGGGUCUUGGCAGGAGGACCGGGUUUCCUGCUGCUAGGACUGGCUUCUCCAGGGGGCUCUGACGUUGCAGGAUGUCCCCUGAAGUCACCUUGAACCGAAUCUCCCCGGCACUGUCCCCGUUCAUCUCCAGCGUGGUCAGGAAUGGAAAGGUCGGUCUGGACUCCACGAGCUGCCUGCGGAUAACGGACCUGAAAUCCGGCUGCACCUCCCUGACCCCUGGCCCCAGCUGUGAUCGCUUCAAACUCCACAUCCCGUAUGCCGGGGAGACCCUGAAAUGGGAUAUCCUGUUCAACGCUCAGUACCCAGAAUUACCGCCGGAUUUCAUCUUUGGGGACGACGCCGAGUUCUUACCUGAACCUUCUGCUCUCCCGAGUCUGGCGGAAUGGGAUCCCUCGGACCCAGAGUGCCUCUUACUGGUGGUUAAGGAGCUGGUCCAGCAGUAUCACCAGUACCAGUGUAGGCGCCUGAAUGAGAGCUCGCGCCUCAUGUUUGAGUAUCAGACUCUGCUGGAGGAGCCUCAGUAUGGCGGGAACAUGGAGAUCUUUGCGGGGAAGAAGAACAAUUGGACCGGAGAGUUUUCUGCUCGGUUUCUAUUGAAGCUUCCAGUGGACUUCAGUAACAUCCCCACCUACCUGCUGAAGGACGCUAAUGAGGACCCGGGAGAAGACGUCGCUUUGUUGUCCGUCAGCUUUGAGGAUGCAGAAGCUACACAGGUGUUCCCCAAACUCUUCCUGUCCCCCCGAGUAGAGCACGCUCUCGGGGGUUCCUCUGCUCUUCACAUCCCAGCCUUUCCAAGCGGCGGCUGCCUGAUCGACUACGUGCCUCUGAUCUGCCAGUUACUGACCAAUAAGGUAAGCUGGAUGAUGGGGAUGGUGGUCUGUGUGCAGGAGAGACGCGAGAAAAAGGUGGAAGACGUCCUUACGUUGUUGGGGUGUUUUCUUCUCGCCUCUCACAAGCCGCUCAGUGUGGGAUUAUGGCUUCGACCUGGGCUGUGGUUACGGGCCCAUUUCAGAAGUUUUGUGCCUCAGUUCCAAGAAGCCGCAUUCGCCAACGGGAAGCUCUAACCAACGAGAUGUCCAUUGCCAGCCCACUCCUGGGGUCUUCAAUGAAAUUCAUGAAAUAUUUGAUUUUUGACUUAUUUUUUUUUUAUUUCCUGUGUCCCCUGUAACUCUAAACUAUCCUAUGACUGCGCAGACCCCAGGGUACUCUUCACCACUGCCAUUUAAUUAUCUGUUGGGGCCCGGGGCCCACAUUUUAAGUAUCAUUUAUAACAGCUUGUGUUUUUAACGCCCAGAGUCGUCGGGAAGUCGGUUCUGUGCAGUCAUUUGCUGGAACUUCUGUCUUUAGGGUCGAAAUGGAAAAACAUCGACCACUGAAUGUGGGGGGAGGACGGCCCCCGAGGUCUUCCUAUGAAAUAAAGCUACUUGAAGGAGA